AUGCAAGUUCUCAUCUUGUUUCUCCUCCCCAUGGCCUUUCUGCUGUCGCCUGGGACUAGGACUGCUGAGAUCAUCGGGGGCUGGGAAGCCCAGCCCCACUCCAGGCCCUACAUGGCCUACCUGAAAAUACGACGUGGAAAGAAGAAUUCUUACUGCGGCGGGUUCCUGGUGGCGAAGGACUUUGUGCUGACGGCCGCUCACUGCCGGGGAGACGCGAUCACCGUCAAACUGGGAGCCCACGACAUCAGUGAGGAAGAAGACAGCCAGCAAGUGAUCCCCGUGCGCCGGCAGAUCCCCCACCCCCAGUUCAACCAGAAGACCUUAAAAAAUGACAUCAUGCUGCUGCAGCUCACCAGGAGGGUGAAGCUGACCCAGGCGGUCGGUCUCCUCCAGCUGACGUCUGCUCGUCACCGAUGGAGGCCGUAUCCCACCUGCAGCGUGGCUGGCUGGGGCCGGACUGGCUUGAACGUGAGAACCAACGUCCUUCAGGAGGUGUAUCUGGUGGUGGUCAAUGAUACGUUCUGCCAGUACCGAUACCUUUACUACUUCCCCUCCAGCAUGCUGUGCGUCGGGGACCCUGAGGAUGAUAAGUCCAUUAAUCUGGGUGAUUCCGGGGGUCCCCUCGUGUGCCGCGGAGUGGCCGAGGGCAUCGUCUCCAGGUGCAUAAGUAACAGCAUCAAGCCUCCAGCUGUGUUCACUCGGAUUUCCCACUUCCUGCGCUGGAUCAAGGCCAACCUGCCAGAAAUCUAGCCACAUAGAGCCGACAGGGCCAUCUGCUUCUGCUACCCAGCCUUCCCCUGGACACAUAGGAUCAGACCUUCCUCUGCAUCUGGGCUUGUGACCCAUUAUCGAUUUGUGAUCGACAUGGUCCUCGUGGCCAGUCUGUUGAGGGCGCCCCCUACUGGGGAAAGGCCCAUGGCACAGCACCAUCUCCCUGAGACAGCCUCCCCCUCCGCCCCCGGAGUAAAUUGGAGCUACUGCCGCCUAUAGGUCCCUCUGAGCCAGCCACUCCACGGCGAAUUGGAACUGGCUCCCCAUAGCGUGGAAAGACCGUGUCCCGUGUCCCUUCCUGCUCGA